AUGGCAUUCUUCCGUACAUCAUCCGGCUUAGACGCCAUCCUCGACCGGUCCGAUGGCACCCUGUGGGAGCGGCUGCGCCUGAAUCCUCUGACGACGAUGGCCAGGUACCUAAACGACUUCUUCCCCGUCUCAUUACCCGUCGCUGGGCAUGACAGCGACGGCGACUCGGUGACGGUGGUCUGCAUCUCUGACACGCACAACUUCCAGCCGCGCCUGCCGCCGGGAGACAUCCUUGUCCACGCGGGCGACCUCACGGCGUCGGGCACGAGGGGGGAGUUGAGACGCGCGCUGGACUGGCUGAAAGCCCAGCCUCACAGACACAAGAUCGUCGUCGCCGGGAACCACGACCUGUGUCUCGAUGAGAGCCUAUCAUCCUCGGGGAUCGGGGGGAGGAGCCCGGUGGCUGGGCGCAGCCGAGAUGAGAAAGCGGACGAAUCCGCGGGAGGCCAAGACGACGACGAAGACGACGAAGGGAACCCCUUGGACUGGGGCGACAUCACCUACCUCGACCGCACCUCGACGACUCUCAAACUCCCUGGCCGGCCGCGCGGGAUCCGCGUCUACGGCAGCCCCUACACCCCGCGCCACGGCGCCUGGGCGUUCCAGUACCCGCGGUCACCGGACGAGGACCCGUGGGCCGGCGCCGUGCCCGCCUCAACCGACGUCCUCGUCACCCACGGCCCGCCUAAGGGCCACAUGGAUGACCCGCGCGGCGGCUGGGGCUGCGAGCUCCUCCUGCGCGAGCUCUGGCGCGCCCGGCCGCGGCUGCACGUCUUCGGUCACGUCCACUGCGGCCAUGGGCGCGAGACCGUCGCCUUCGACCCACUGCAGGCGGCGUACGAGGACGUCGUGCUGCGCGAGGCCGCCGCCAGGGCCAGCGGCGACCCAAGGGCGUGGGCUCGGGGCUGGGCGUCUCUGGGGCAGUGUCUCGCAGCCUGGGUGCACGUUUGGUGGGGUGGCGGCAGGAGGCGGCCGGGGGAGACGGUUCUUGUGAAUGCCGCCGUUGUCGGGGGCAUCAGGGACCGGCUGGUGAGGGAGGCUAUUGUCGUUAGGAUUUAG